CUCCUUGCCAACGACGAGGUCGACGUUAACGCUAAGAACGAAACCGGUCAAACACCGCUUCUAUAUGCAAUCCAAGAGGGAUAUAGCGCUAUAGUGGAGCUUCUACUUGCGAAAAGUGGUAUCGAUGCCAAUGCUAUGGAUCAAUAUGGACAUUCGCCUUUAGAACUGGCAAUCCGAUAU